AGAAAAGGAAUAACAUAGGCCGUAGGCCUUCUGUCCUUACUGCACAAAUCUGAAUCUGAAUAAUCAAUCGUAGUUGAAAAUCUUAGUUCGAACUUCGACCUCUGACAAGGUCAGUGGGUCCGUUCCAUUGGAUCGUCUUAUGUAGUCUGGUAUGAUUUCUCUCUCUGUUUUGUUAGCACUUUUGAUUGGUGGAAAAGAUGACCUGCUUUAUUACAAUGAACACUUCGAAGGCGAAUUGAGUGAUGCACCCCUAGGACGUGUAAUUCCUACGUUGGUGACGUUUUAUAACCAAUAUUCAAGCGAGCCCUACAGAUAUGUGGCAUUUGACGCUAACCAGACAUUACAAACUAAUACAAGGGGUUAUAGAUAUCGUUUCUCUGUUUUGUUGGCCCCCACUAUUUGCCCCAAAUACCAAACGGAAUAUAUAUCUAUUGCGCACUUGGGACCUUGCUCGUUGAAAGUAUAUGGAUAUCAACAAUGCAAUUUCGUUUUAAGCUUUCGAAAGGGUCUACUGUAUGAUGAUAGCACGUUGUACCUUGAAGGUUGUCGAUCUGCUGUCCCGAGAAUGCCUGUAAACCUCGAGUACUUAGGCUUUAAGUUGCCUGCAAACGUGGAGGAGAAAUAUGCACAAUUUAAGUUAACAUAUAGAAAACAGUAUCAUGAGACAGAAGACGAGAUUAGGUUUAAUAUCUUCAAAUCGAAUAUCUUGAAAGCUCAAUUGUAUCAGGUAUUUGAAAGAGGUUCAGCCAUUUAUGGAGUGACACCUUAUUCAGACUUGACAACUGAUGAAUUCGCACGCACUCAUCUAACUGCUUCCUGGGUAGUGUCGUCUAGUACAAAUAAUACACCAAUUUCUCUGGAAAAGGAGGUUAAGAAUAUACCAAAAAACUUCGAUUGGAGAGAAAAAGGCGCUGUAACUGAAGUAAAAAAUCAAGGAAUGUGUGGCUCUUGUUGGGCGUUCUCAACCACUGGUAAUGUUGAGAGUCAGUGGUUCCGCAAAACUGGAAAGUUAUUAUCAUUAAGUGAGCAGCAACUUGUUGACUGUGACGGUUUAGAUGAUGGUUGUAAUGGUGGUCUUCCAUCGAAUGCCUAUGAAUCAAUCAUAAAAAUGGGUGGUUUAAUGCUUGAAGAUAAUUAUCCUUAUGAUGCUAAAAAUGAGAAAUGUCAUUUGAAAGCUGAUAAUGUUGCAGCUUACAUUAAUAGUUCAGUAAAUUUAACUCAAGAUGAAACAGAACUUGCUGCAUGGCUUUAUCAUAAUUCAGCGAUUAGUGUUGGUAUGAAUGCGAUGCUUUUACAGUUUUAUCGACAUGGAAUUAGUCAUCCAUGGUGGAUCUUCUGUUCAAAGUAUCUGCUUGAUCAUGCGGUUUUACUUGUUGGCUAUGGAGUUUCCGAAGAAAAUGAGCCAUUCUGGAUUGUAAAAAACAGUUGGGGUGUUGAAUGGGGUGAAAAAGGUUACUUCCGUGUGUAUCGAGGUGAUGGUACUUGUGGCAUUAAUACUGUUGCUACGUCAGCGUUGAUCUACUAGGGAGUGUGCGUAUAUGUGUUCCUUUUUUCAUCUAAAAACAAUUUAUCUCAUUCCUAACAGAAUCUCAAUUUAAUUCCGUAUUAUUUUGUUGAAAAUACUUUUUUUCAGAUCCUGAUUUAUUUUAAACCUCCACUUCUCUCAUCAUCUGACAUUUUUUUCAUUAAUGAAUAAACUCCACUACGAAUCUCUGUAAAACACCCACUAUUAGUUUCUUUUUAUUUUUGAUGGUGGAUGGGAAGGGGAGAAUAAUCUAUUUUGGACAACUGCCUUUCUAAUUUCAGUAAUCUCAUAAACAUUUUGUAUUAAUUAUUUUUAGAAACAUUAUGCUCAGUGCUUUAGGUCACAAUUUUCUUAAAUAUAAAAUUCAAACAAACACAUUAACGGUGUUUUCUUUAUGCAGAGAUAAAAUUAAAUGCAUCGCAAAUGUUAUCUGUUUUACAUUGAUGGUAUCUAAGUAAGAAAUAGGUUCUUUAUUUGUUUAUUCCGUUUAAAAAAGCGAUUGUUUGUGAUUAUUUUUGGUUGUUUAUUUUGUGAAAUUCCACCGAGUAAUCCAUAUAUAGGGAGCAAUUGUAAUCUAAGCACCGUUGAUAAUUCAUAGCUAAAAAUGUCUAAAUCCCCAGACUCAAUUACAAAAAUUUCAGAAUUGUUUUUCUGAUCAUUCUAGUGUAACUUGCUAUCUUUCAUACCCAGAAAGUUUUGAAGAUACAUAAUUUAGAUUAUUCUGUUACUGUUCAGCAAAGUGACAUUUUAAUCGGUCAGGUUUUACCCUUAAUAAAAUUAGAGUGGGUUAAUAAUCGAUAUUGAUUAGUUGAAAUUGAACUAUGCUUAUCAUCCCCUAAUUUUUCUUACCUGUAACAAAACGUUCAUGGUAAUAAUGUAUAAGGAUGCUGGGUCACACAUUAGUCAGUAGUAUAUGCAGUCUCCUCAGUAAGUGGGCAAAUGGAUGCCAUAAAAGUUUCUUUGACAUAAUUUUGGGUGUGUUGAUCCUAUCUGUUUCGAAAUACUUCCAAUUUGUGGAAGUUCAAUUGUCCCAUCUUCGCUUCUGUCGUUCAUAGUAUAUUCCAAUGUUCCCAGAAACUAGGCUCACCAACAUUAAUUAUCUAAACCCAUGUGUUUUACUGUAGUAGUUUUCAUAGACUAUAUUGUGUUCAUUUAAUCGACAAUCAUCUAGACGAUAACUCAGUGACGAAAACGCGAAAAAUAUCACAUGCGUUCAAUGUUUACAUCAAUAAGGGAAAUCAUUGGUGGUACUGGCCUUGCAUCAUUGUUUCCAGUCUUCAUGGCUCUCACUGGGAUAAUAAUCUAUCAGGAAAGAGCCUUUUACCUCGAUAUUUUAUU